AUGUCUUCUGAUACUCAACUCUGGGGCCCGGACACUAUGACUCAAGACCUCGGAGCUGAUCAAGUGUCAUUUGCUCUGCCUCCUUAUGACCCAGGGCCUCCUUAUGACCCGGGCCAGGCCCACGAGAAUGGCAUUUCAGCCAACAAUCAUGGCCCUGCAGUUCCUAACCCAUACGGGGCUGCUCACAAUAAUAUGCGCAACCCGCAAGAACCUAAUGGUCAUGGAUUUGCCUGGAACAGCAAUAUGUUGGAUGGCAGCGUUCAGUCUUCACUCCUCGGUGGCAAUGAACAGUCGACCGAAGCGACAUCUAGGCCAGUGACUAGUGAAUCUACAAUAGGUGUCGCACCAACUCCCUUUCUUGACCAUAGGGCGCAAAGCUAUUCAUGGGUACAUCCUUUCCCGCAAACCCUGAAUGCAACUGAGACACAACCACAGACAGUCGAACCACAUGGGUUGAACCAUCCCCAGAAUAUGCCCCCCGGCACACCUUGGCAGACUCAGCUUCUUCCUGUCCCGGUUGCACCCUCACCGCGUUGCCCUUACGCAACGGGCCUUCAGUUUUCGUUUUCACCGCAGCCUCCAACUCAGCCAAUCAACCCUACCCCGUUUUCGCAGACCAGAGUCUCGGGUCAGUCGUUGACCUCGUUCCACCCAGAGUCGGCAUUUAUGCAGACACAGCUUCGUGCGAACUCUUUGUUGAAUGCCGAUACCCCAACAUACGUCCCUGGGUAUACUGGGGUAAACCCACGCACUCGGGGCCGGUCCUCAACGGGAACUAGCCCUCCCUUCUCGUCUGCUCGUGAUAGAGGUCCAGCUGUCACGCUCUUCGGUCCCUCCUUUUUCAAUCCGCCCUUACCUUCCUGGACCCCGGGAGCCCAUCAUUACCGACCCCGCCGCUCCAGGAAUAGGCAUGGACCAGCCCAACGUUUCGACACCACCGGAGUUCCCAGCAGUAACCAUGUCUCUCGUCAUGCACUGCCUAAAGGACUGGAUGAUCCGCUAGAUAAGCGUCCCGAACCGAAGGAAACGGCCGAGAUGACUGUCAACAUGGAGUGCAAAGUCUGCAUGAGUCAACCGGUGGAUACGGCUGUUUUCCCUUGCGGUCAUGCAAUGUUCUGUCGCUGGUGUGCGGAAAAGUGCAUGCCGUCGCCGCGUCAUGAUAGGGGCCGCGUUAAGGAAUCCUCUCGUUGCCCGGUGUGUCGAUGCACUGUUCGACAGAAGAUGCGGAUCUUUCUCCCUUAG